AGAGUGGUGUGUGUGUUAUAUUGAGUUGUUGGUAGUUGAUUGAAUAGAUAGGCGUUGUUUGCUGAUUCAUUUGGGGAAUUUGAAGGGCAGGCUUGGGAGUUGCGUCUGGCGUAGAGUCAAGGGUAGUCAUUUAACGCGUCUUUCCUGGUAGCGUUAAGUCUAUUUAAUUUAAAUUAUAAGAGCAAUGGCAAUUCACAUUAAAGACUCGAAUGAGUUUGAAACCAAGCUUACAGAGGCAGGGAAUGCCUUGGUUGUUGUAGACUUCUUUGCCCAGUGGUGUGGACCAUGUAAGCUGAUUGCACCCAAAAUUGAGGAGCUUGCUGCAGAGUAUCCAGAUGUUGUUUUCCUGAAAGUUGAUGUAGAUGAAUGUGAGGACAUAGCAUCUGAUUAUGAAAUUACAGCAAUGCCAACAUUUGUUUUUAUUAAGAACAAGAAGAAGGUCGACGCCUUUUCUGGAGCUAAUGCUGACAUGGUGAAUCAGUUCAUAACUAAGUAUAAGUAAUAAUGUACUUAAAGAAACAGAAAUAUAUUCUUUAUGAAGUAUGAAGAUAUGGCAUCAAUUUGUCUGCAUAGUAUAUAGAGUCAAUUUAAUUUUUAAUCACACAUUUUAUGUGUGUGAUACAAGCAACAAAUCGACACAUCAGGCAGUGAUUAUGGAUAAAGAUCAGGGGUUAACACUUCACCUUGUUUAAUGUAUAAUACAUUCUGUGUUUUUCUGCAAAUAGAGUUAUCUGUUUUCUUAGGCAUGUUGUUGUGUGUAUAUAGAAAUGAUGCCAUUUGUGAAGUUCUAGGCAAUGACAUUCAACACAAUUCAGAUGUAAGGGAUUAUAUUUCACAAUGUGAUUUGAUUGUGUAAGCAGGAGGAAAUCCAUAAUGGUUGGCAACUUAAUCUCUGCAGUUUCAUGUUAUUAACUCAUUUGCAUUCAUUAGAUGAUAUCAUUUGUACUAUAGCAUGCUUGGUACCAUCACUGACCUAUUUGUGCACAGUUAUUUUCUCUCUGAGACUGCUGUAGGAUACCAUGAAAUUCAGAGUAUGAAGGAAAAGUGAGGUACUGAUUUUCCUAUCAAUGUUCGUGAAAAAACAAAUAUAGUUUUGGCCAUUAAUGAAAGCACAGUUUGUGAUUAGGGUUUGUAAGGUGAUUGCUUAAAUUUCUGAUUGUGGUUUGUGCUUCAGGGAAGUAAGCUUGUUGUAUCACUUGCCUUCGUUAGAUGUAAAGAGAAGUAAUUUUAAAACCCUGUCAAGAAGAGUAGUUUGUUAUGUCAUGUAACAGUGAGUAUGUUAAUAUUUGAAGUCGGUGUGCUAAUCCAAGUCCAUCUUUGGGGAGGGGAGGGAGGUCCUUUGUCUAUACAACCACUAUUUAGAAUGAAAAAUUAACGGAAUUUGUAUGUGUCAUUGGUGUAAGAGCAUGACACAGAAGAGAAAUGUGACUGAAUCUUGAACAAAUGAGAUAUGGUAUAAGGUUCAAUUCAAAUUAAAGUGUUUUAUUAAUAUAUAUUGGAAUUAUUAUAACUAUGGUAUCUACUGAUUUAUGUAGUGCAGUGACAUAUUUCUUAGAGUACCACUUCUAAAAUUAAAAAUUGUAAUGUUAAAAUUACAUGAUGUGACACAAAAUGUUCCGUCAUCCAAAAACAGUUCCGCUGAAGUUGUAAAGAAAUUUAUAUUAUUUAUGCUAUUUUCUUUGGAAUAUAUGACUGUUGCAAGGUACCACAUACCACAGUGCUAUACACAGUUUUUGUGUUCCUGCAGUUGAAUGAAAGGAUAAUAUAUUUUAUGCUGUUUUCUAAAAUAUGUUCAUGCUUGAAUAUUAAUAAUAUCUUAAUUGUAUUCUUUUAUGGAUUCCAUGAUUUACAUACCAUUGCAUGACCUCCCUAGAACUUCACCAGUAAUAAUAUAGUUAUCCUGUUUUGCUUGAAAUUUGUAGAUAAAUAUUAUGGACUUCUUUUCCAAGUUUAUAAUUCCAUUGCAGUCUUGCAAGACAUUCUCAGCUGUGUUUAUGUUCGUUGCUCCCUGUAUCGUUUAGAUGUAGUAUAUUUCAUUUGGAAUCAGUAAAAAAGAAUUAAAUGUUUUCUUGUGAAGUUUUUGUAAUGAAGGAAUGAUUGUCAACAAUAUAAUUAAAUUAACCUUAUAUAACGGUAUGUAGUAACUCAUUACUGUAAAAUGUUUUAUCCUCUUUUGAGUCUUAACUUUGUGUCAUGCUUAUAUUGGAACACAGUACUCAGGAAUAAAAAAAAAAAAUUAUGAGCAAGUUAUUUUUAGGUGGAGAUAAAAUUUUGUGAAAGUCUGGUAGUAGUUAUUGAGCAUUAUGUAAGGAUUUUCAGGCAGCCAAUCUGGUAGUAUUCAUCAGCAAGGAUUUGCAAGUGGUCCGUCUUGCAAACUUACUAGAAGAGGAGUUACAGUCCUCAUUCAAGUCAAAGAUGGGUAAAGGUAAAGCUGUCCCUGUUCUUAAUGGAGUAAUCAGAAAUAUUUUCAGUCCAUUCAUAUAAUAGUUUUUAGUGAUGAUCAUUUUACUUGUGGUUUUGAGGAUCAAUGAUAGAUAGGCUUCCUAAAAAUGUCUGUAUUGAUGACAAACAGUUUUAUGGUUUAUAGUUGUUAUGGUUACUGAAAAAGAUGAGUGUGUUAUGGAAUAUUUUCAUAUUGUGCUAAUCUAAUGGCCUUUUCUUUUAUGCAGAUGUGUGUUAAGCAUAUAUUAUACAGAAAGAACAUAUUUAUAUGUAUAUGAGUAAUUUUUGGAAUUGCUUGAUUUAAUUUACAUGUUAAUUGAAACUGUUUAGAAUAUAUGGAAAAUGUUCCUGUAAAUACUGCUAUGCUUGGCAGUACCCCCAGAAAUGUUUAUCCACAUAAUGCCUUAUAUUUAUUUGUUACAAGCAAGCUGGAAUCUUAUGUACAUCAUUGUGCUAACUGCAUGUAUGAGAGGGCAAAUAGAGUUUCCACAGACACAACUGUAUUGCUUUUGUAAGGUGCACAUAUUUUUGAAACUGAAAAAAAAAAUCAGCUUAUUUCUA